CUGGUGCAAACGUGUGCCUUCACCACAGCCGGUGUGUCAUGGCUGGUUUUAUUGCUAUUCUUGGCUUUUCUGCAGUGUGGCAUUUGGUUGGUGGUGUCUUUACUGAAAUCCCCCACGGAAGGAAGACCUGAGUGCAGUGUAGGAACCCUGAGAAGUGCUGAAGGGAACUGAACACGAAGAGUGCUGGGUGCAGAGAGCAUCUCUGCAGGAGCUGACUGCGUUUGUGGCCGUUCUCCACCUCAGAAGCCAUUUUGUUUUUGCUUUUAAUAAAUUAAGGGCUAUUGGGAAGAGAAACUUGGAUAUUCAUUAGCCAAGCCAGUGAAGAACGUGGCAUUCUAAAUCCUUUCUGCAGUCCAUCGUUCAGACAAUCUGGUUAUUGACCUGGUUUGACCAUAGCUCUGUUACACCAUCAGAAAGAAACAACUUGAUCAUGGAGAGCUUUUCUCAUUGCUUUGUUCUUUCGGGAUGCAGUGGGGUUGGUGCUCUUGAAUCCCAUCUGCAUCUGCUUUCCAACCCAUGCAGAACCACUGGGUGCCAUCUUGGACAAUGAUGGGUGCCAGUGACGCAGCCCUGCUCACCACUGAUCUCUGGAUGUCAAAAUCUUGUUCUCAUCAUCUUGGUCCUUUGGGGAGGACUUCAGAUUUUAGGAUAAGUGUCUACAGAGCAGAGCCAUACAGCUGCUAUGCGUGUCAUGAUUUCUUUGUGCUAAGCAACACUGUUUUAGAGGUUCCAGUAAUUAAGAUGUAUUGUUUUAUAGUUUGCUGGGAAGAUUGAACUGGAACAGCAGCGUGGAAAUUCAUCUGAAAUGGCAUGGAAAUGUCAAGGAGUAGAAAGGAGGACUUAAUAAAUAGUCAAGCAGAUCCCAGUUGCUGGGAUACAGUGGGUUUAAACGUUCUGCUGCCUGGGAACUGGAACUCCUCAUCGGUUCUGACCCACACAGUGAUGUUCUGCCCCUUCCCUGGCAGUGUCAAGCUUCAAACCUGCCUCGCUGGGGGAUGCUGGUGAGAUUUCUGUUUGAAGAUGGACCAGAAGUUGUUCUGACUGCUGAAUUUACACGGUGCCACAUCCGAUGGCCGCCACGAAGACCUUGGGGAGCGGCUGCAUCCUUGGCGUGAUGCUGCCUUGGGUUUUCUGCCUCCGGCUGGGGGCAGCUUCCUUUCCUAAAGUGACCAUCCCACCAGAGCUGCAGUCAGCAGAGGCUCACGUUGCAGUGAACGCCACGUCGUGCAGCGUCACCUGCGGCCUGGGCCUCCAAGUGGAGGAAAUGUGUGAGAUCACAGCAGCAGGGGAGAGGAAGAACUGCACCACGCGCCGCUCGCACUGCACCACCACGUGGGGCUGCGGUUUGCUGCACCUCACCGUCCCCAUGGGCAAACCCCUGGUGCUCAGCUGCCUGACCACAGACGUCAUCGAUUUGGGCGUCAGAGGGUACAGCUGUACGUGGAAACUCGCCCCGGGUCUCAUCACCAUGAAUGAUGUUUUGUUUGCACCUUUCAGAAACCCGGGUUUCGCCGUUGCCUUUUCCCCAACCAAGGAAUCUGAUGCUGGGACGUACCGCUGCGACGUGCGCGUGUUGAAGACGUUCAGGGUCAUCAAGAGGAUCUACUUUGGGCUCAGGGUGAUCCGAAAUGACUUGGUGGACCUGGACUUUGGCAAAUCCUUGACUCGAGAGCAGAAGCUGGCAGUCAGGAACGAGGAAGGAAUCGAAGCCAACAGCACCCUUGUAGACGUGGAGGAGAAGCUGUACUUUUGGCAAAGAAAAUCCUUUCAUAGAUCCUUGAUAGGGCUUGGAACUGGGCUGGUAGGGGUCGUCGUGGUGAGCCUGGCUCUCCGCUGCUUGCAGGAGAAGUUGAGAAGCAGAGCUGCAGAGAAUCAGACUCAGUUCUAGUGCGAUUUCUUGUCUCUGUCUCGCUUAUUGUCACAAGUAGAUCAACAUCAGUAUUGGUGCUCUGUUUCACAAUGAGGUUUGCAGUUAUUCUCUUGGUUGGGUUGGAGAGUUUGGGGUGUUUUUGUUUUGUUUUGCAGCUCAGAACUUGGGAUCCUGUUUCUCCCUCAUCCUCUUGAAUUUCUUCUCCCUUGCCCAGGUUUUGUGACACAGAUCCCUGAGGUCGGUAGCUGGAGCAAAAGAGGUGCAGAGAAGUGAAGAUGCUGCAGCUGGGUCCCUGCUGGGUCUCUGUGGUCCUUCCCAGCAGACCCCAAGGUCUGUUUUGGGGAUCUGGGAGGAGCUGAGCUCCCUGCCUGUUGUGUUUGUUUGUCUCCCACUUCAGAAAGCUGAAGCAUCAUCAGCAGUAGUUGGAAGCUUCCACUCUUCCCUUUGUAGUUCAGAACAGCGAGGCAGGGAGCAUUAGGCAGCACAAGCACAUCUUCAAUCUGAGCACUGCAGCUCAAGGAGCGUAACGGGGUGGUUUUAAUCACGACUCAGAGCUGAGCUCACUCCUAAAAUCUUUAAAGGAGGAGGAGAGGGAAGAGUUCAGCAGGCCUGUGGCUCGUUUUCCUGGUGACUAAUAAGUACAAAGCAUGCAGCAGCACUGUAGGGAGCAUUGUUUCCCCAUUGGUAGCAGAAUCCGCAGAGGGACUUAUUAAGUGCCUUCUCUCUCUGGUUUCUGUCUUUAUUUUACAGUAAACAACUCUAUUUACUCGCUCUGUUUCCUUUUUUUUCCCCGUGAACUGAAGUACAGGAAUGCACCAGGCAUCCAAUUCCGGGGAAAGUAAUGAUGGAGCUCUGCUAUUUAGAUCAAAGCAUACUAUUAUAUUUUUUCUUCAGACCAGAAAAAUAACGCUUUAAUGUAGAAAGAGCUGAAUAUACAAGCAGACACUUUAUUUGCAGAACAUCCUAUUGAAAGAAAACAACAUCAGACCAAAACGUAGCGAGCUGAAUCUUCAUGUCCAAUUAAGUGGGUAAUGGGUAUAUCUGAAUAAUGAUCUGCAGGCCGUGGGGUUGUCUGUGUUUGAGUGAGGAGCUGAGCCUGUUACCAGCCUUGGAUUCUCUGUGGGUUGUUUGCUGGGUUCUGAGGGAAGAAUUCGCUGCUCACAGCCACGGGCAGAGGUUGGUGGAGGUGAAGGGGGCCGUCCUGCAGCGCUGGAAGUUUCCCCUGGGUGUGCAUUUGUUGACUGGCUCCCUGCUUUGCGCUGAUUUACUGCUGAGCUGCCCUGUUGAGCCCUGCUUUAGGCUAACUGUUCUUAACAACAGAUUUCUCAUCGACUGAAACACACAGCAGGGCACGCUGCCUCUGGGCAGGGCGAGGGGGGUCAGCUCGGCUUUCUGCCCACACUUUCUCCACCCCUGAGCAAAAUGCAAGCAGGGGAGACCCAGAUCUUGGUUCUCUCUUGUCACCUCAUCCUCUCACCCGCAGGGAAUCUCCUCUUUCCAAGCAGCAGCACUGACACAGAGCAGUGCACACCCACAUUUAGGACACCUCGAGGAACCCACUGCGUGCCGGCUGCGUUCAUCCCACCCAGACCUCUCCUGGCUGUGGCUUUUUUGAUGGUGAGUGCCCCACAUCCUGGGAUAUGCAUGCAGCAGACUUUCAGAGCUCAUUUUGCUUCUGAAUGUGAAGAAAUUGAGCUCUGUGUGCUAUAGAUACACACCACAGGAGUGAGGAGGCUCCAUUCUGCAUGGGGUGAGACCUCCUCUGGUCCUGUCUGGGGCUGGAGGACCCUCUGAAUAGCAGGAACAGGCAGAUGCUUCCUCGGGAGCUGGUGGUUAAAACCCACAAAGAAGCAGUCCCAUCUGGAGGAGUCCCCUCACACUUUGUAAUGCAAAUAUAGAGCUUGUUUCCUGUGGGCUGCCGGGUUUUAGAAAUGCAGAAAGAUGACAUGAAAGGUCCAGGAGCAUCCGUUUCCUCAGUGCUGAUGAGGAGGUCAAAGUGGGAGCCAAAGGAGUCCUUCAUCUUUUGAUGGUCUGCUCCCUCUUCUUGCCAAGGGGAGGCAGUUGCCCGGAGCAGGGAAGCUGAAUAUGGUUCUUUUAAUGUUUUAAGAUGGAAGGCAGUGAUGGACAGCGUGGCACCAGCACCAGGAAGGGCAGAACGGGGCCUUUGGCUGCCGUUUGAAAUGCUGCUUUCCCUGCGUGCUUUGAGUCUGCCUCUUCUCUCCCGUGUAACUGUUCUGCACUGCAGAAAAAAAACCGUGUCUUUUUGCUGUUAAUUUGUGCCUCAGCUUCUUUCUCCUCCAUUUCAGCAGUUGUUCCUCUGUCUCACCCAGAGGAGGGGGCUGAAGAGGGGCUGCCUGCACACCCCUCCUCACACUGAGGCUCUCUGCGGCACAAACUUCUGCAGCCUGCUGCUGGGCCCAGAACAGCUUUCCUAGCCCGGUAUUGCGGAGGGUUUUGCAACAUAACAGUGGAUGUGGUUCGGUGGGAGCAACAACUGGGCUUGCAAAUGCAGCAGCAAUGCAGUGCUCAGCAAUGGGGCUCAGCUCAGAUGCCUGCAUACCUCCAGGAGAGGCUUUUAGCAGGUAAGGUGUGACAUGCAUUGCUUGUGGCUACGAAAUGCACACGAGUGCACAGUUACCACCUGCAUAAUGCAUCCCCCUCCUUCCCCACACAUGGAAGAAUGCUUUGAAGAAAUCCAGUUUGCUCUCCCCUUUCCUUUUGCUGCCUUCCUCCCAGCACAGCUGCACUGGAAGCUGUAGAUAUUCCGCUUGUUCCCUCCCCUGCCAUUUCUCCCAGCUUUUUUUGGCAGUGACACCCUGCAGACAUUUGUUCACUUGUUGCCUGUCUCUUGUGAUAGCAACGUGGAGCUUUGGAGCGUGUGAACAAAGCGGUGUCUUUUGCUGAAGCACGCUGAACACUGAUGGGUUUUUGGGUUCGUGUAUUAUCUCAGGUGAAAUAGAGAAAAACAAACCCACUGUUGCAGUGCUAAUCCUAAGCAGGGGCGUGUUGGUUAACUCUGCAUUAGAAGACGUUGAGUCAGGUGUGCUUAGUCUGAUUCCAAGGUUUGAAUGGGAUUCACCAUGGCCACCAAUUUCCCCUUGGUGUCUGUGUGCCGUUAAUGAUGGCACUUGAGAAAGCAGAAAUGCACUGGGGGCGAUCCAUCUCUGUGCUGGCUGCUCCCUGCUGCGUGCUUUAAUUAUGCUUCCCCCCCACCUUACAAAGCCCCUCUGCUGCUGCAGUCCCUGAGCUCAUUAAGGGGCUGUGGGGAGGAGCGGGCUCACCUGCGGCCCUGCACAGUGUGGGGCAGAGGGGCCACAGCUUGCCAUGGGCUGAACACAGCUGAGCUGGGCUCUGGGACCUCAUCCUGCCCCUAAGCCACACUAAGGGCUCAGUGUGUUGUAUGGCUGCCAGAUAAACUCAUCCCUCCACCCGUGGGCAGUGGGGGCUCCUUGGAAAAGGAGUCUAUCCCUCCCCCUCCAUCCUUACCCGUCCAUCCCUCCCCUCCCCACGCACUGCACCAUCCAAACUCAUUGGAGCUGGAAGCUUACAGGCCAGCUUCAAGAGCAGCUGGGUUUUUCCCAGCACUUUCCCAAAAGUGACCCUUUUUGCUUCCAUCCCAAAGCACGUUCUUUUGGUGAGCUGAUGUGGAGUUCAGCUUGGUGGGAACAGAAGUGCUUAAGCACAACUGAACGUGAGCGAGUGCAGCAGGAAGGUCUGGGUGAUGUUUCCUGUGGCCACUGCUGCUCAGCCCCCAUCUCGCUGCCCACUCUGACUCCAGCACAACCACAGAGCUGUGCCACACACCGCUGCUCCGUCCCUUGGAGUCCAUCCUGCAGGUGGAGGGAAGCAAACAGGUUUUAUUUAAGGCCAAAAGGAAGGAGGGAGAUGGAUUAAUCCAACAGAGCGCAGAGCAGGUGAUUUCAUGCCGUGCUUCCUGCCACGGUGCAAAUUAUUUUCUGUAAUGGAAGUGAACCUUCACGAGCCUGCUGGCUCAUGGCUGGUCUCAGGGAUAUCCUUCCUGGAAGAACUCCAGUCAGGGUUUAAAUGCUGCGAUGGACGAUGAAGGUUUUUUGGCAAGCUAUCCUAAAAAUCAAUUACCCUUUUUGCUAAUGAGCCACGUGAAAUUUCUUACUUGAGUUUUCUAGCAUUACUUGCUUGCCAUCAGAACACCAGCCAGGAAAAGCGCAUUAAAUUAACAGAUCUAAGCAGAACCCCAACAGACACCUGCAAUUCCUCGCCCUGAGGGCAGCCCCUCCUCUUCCCAUCAGAUAUCGCUGUCUGUGGGGUAGAACCAGAGCUUACUGUGUCCUAAUUAACUUCUGCUGAGUUCUGCUGGGUGUUCUGUCUGUGGGUGCCAUUGGCAGUGCAGGGCUGGGGGGAUGCUGAGUGCUCCCAGUGCUCGUUGCCCUUCCAGAAGCAUUCCAGGCUCCAGCAGUUGUCUCUAAAGAUCUUUAUUUAAGAACUGCGUGCUACUGUAGCCAAUAAAUAACCAUAAUUACAGUAAAUACAGUAUGCUUACACUGCUCCCCAUUUGUUUUCCUUAAAAAAAUAGUCUACAAGCAAGUUGUUGAGAAGAAAGCUGCCUGGGUGCAGUGAGGCUGGAUGAAAAUAUUCCCAGCUGAUGGUUGGUGUGGUGGGGAACAGCUCUGUAGGUUUGGAGCAGGCAGGAUUCAGGACUCCAGGCUUUAUGGAUGGGAUGCCAUCCCAUUCUUUACCCCAUUAUGAAUGGGAUUCGUUACUCAGCUGCCUUCCUUGGGUGAAGGAUGGGAACGUCUCCCAUUUGGGAUCAGUGUUGAAUCAUUCCUGCUGUAACUGAGCCAUUCCUCAUCCAAACCCACCUGGCUGAGUGCUGAGUUUGGUCCAGACCUCCUAAAAAUCAGAAACGCAACGUUCCAUCUGUAACUUCAGUACGACCAGGUAGGCUGUUGCAUGUUAGAUGUGAAUAUAUCAGAGCUGUUCGCCUGGGAGACCCAAAGCUUUUCACCUUCGUUGCUUAUCCCUUCCAGCAUCCUCGUGGCAUUGGUGGCGCUGCUAAGAAGAAGGACCCUGUGAAAUUGGAUGACUUCCCUCGCUGAGCCAUAACAGCAUUGGAACAAAACCCGGGCGCUUAACUCGUCCCUGUCCUCUCCGCCUUGAAAUGAAGUAUCUCCAAGCCUUCUGCAUCAGGAGGAUCUCUCUCCAAACGGGUGGAUUUUCUCUUACCCCUCCCCAGACAACAAAGAAGCAAACAACAGAACAAGAACACCGCGGACCAGGAUGAAGCAGAGAGUGGUGUCUCUUGUGGCUUUGUCUCCUUGGGCUCGUUGCUGUGGAAUUUGGCUCUUAUUUUGGGGAAGUGAAUCGUGGCCCAUCGCUCCGUAGAGAUGGCUGUGGUUGGGGUCGGUGUGGAACGUGCCCAUCACUUGGAAGUCCUCAGUCCCCAGAUUCCCUUCCCCCUCCCCCAAAUACACUGUACAUAUUUUAAAAAAAGUCAAGUUUAGCAGUCUGGUUAUUGUAGUACAUGGCUUCGUAAGGCAGAAAACCUUCUCAGUGUGGUGAACGGGGCAGUCGGCUGUCAGAAUUUGGGUAGAAUUCUUCUUUGCUGUACUCCUUAAAAAA